CGGCAUAAAGGCCCUGGGUGUCCACGAGCCGCAGUCAGUCAGAAGGCUGCACAGUCCAAGAUGGGCUCCUCGCGGGCACCCCAGGCGGGGCGUGCGGGAGGGCGAGGAAUGAUGGCACUGCUGCUGGUGGCUCUCCUCCUGCCAGGGGCCUUGGCUAAGAGCAUCGGGACCUUCUCAGACCCCUGCAAGGACGCGCGUAUCACCUCUCCCAACGACCCCUGUCUCACUGGGAAGAGUGUUUCCAGUAGCUUCAGUGGCCACAGUGGCUCUGGUGGUUCCAGCAGCUCCAGUUCCAGUGGCUCCAGUGGUGGCUCUCGUGGUGGCUCCAGUGGUGGCUCUGGUGGUGGCCCCAGUGGCUCCAGUGGCUCCAGUGGCUCCAGUGUCGUCCAGGGUGGCUCUUCAGCAUCUUCGUUAUUUAAGCCAGGAACAGGGUAUUCCCAGAUCAGCUACUCCUCCGGAUCCAGCUCCUCCCAGUCGGGAAGCAGCAGUUCCCAACCAGGAUCUGGCUCAGCUCUACCAAUCAGUGGCCAUUCUUCCCACUCGAGCUCUUCCCAGUUUGGAGAAGGCUCAAGCUCAUCCGUUUCCCAAGGCUCUCGGAUAUCCAGCAGCGGUGGCCAAGGGGUCAACUCUAACUUACGCCCCUGUAGUUCAGAUGUCUCUGACUCUCCCUGCAGUGGGGGGCCUAUUGUCUCCCACUCUGGCCCCUACAUCUCCAGCUCCCAUUCUGUGUCAGGAGGUCAAAGGCCAGUGGUGGUGGUGGUGGAGCAGCAUGGCUCUGGUGGCCCUGGAGGGGUUCAAGGUGCCCCCUGUAGCAGUGGUGGUCUUUCAGGCAAGCCCUGCCCCCCCAUUACCUCUGUAGACAAGUCCUAUGGCAGCUAUGAAGUGGUGGGUGGCUCUUCUGACAGUUAUCUGGUCCCAGGCAUGACCUACAGUGGGGGCAAAAUCUACCCUGUGGGAUACUUCACCAAAGAUAACCCUGUCAAAGGCUCUCCAGGUGUCCCUUCCUUUGCAGCUGGGCCUCCCAUCUCUGAGGGCAAAUACUUCUCCAGCAAUCCUAUCAUCCCCAGCCACAGUUCUUCUAGUUCCAACAUCUACCAGUCAGGGGCUUCCUCAGCCAUUGUGUUUCAGCCAGUGGGCUCUGGUGGGGUCCAGCCCUGUGGAGUUGGCUCUAAGGGGCCCUGCUCCCUCUCUAGUUCUGGAGCCCACAGCAGUUCUAGUGUUUCCAGUAGUUCAUCCUUCCAUCCUUGCGGUGGUGUUUCACAGGGACCCUGUUCCCCACCAGGCACUGGCUCCUUCAGUGGCACCUCCAGCUCCCAAUCCAGUGGCAAAAUCAUCCUUCAGCCCUGUGGCAGCAAGUCCAGCUCUUCUGGGCACCCCUGCAUUUCUGUCUCCUCCUCAACAUUGAGUGGGGGUCCUGAUGGCUCUCCCCAACCUGAUCCUUCAGCUGGUGCCAAGCCCUGUGGAAAGCUCCCCUGCCGCUCCAUCCGGGACAUCCUCGCCCAAGUAAAGCCUCUGGGGCCCCAGCUAGCUGACCAGGAAGCUUUCCAACCCCAGGGAGAGUUACUUGACCAUCCAUAAGUUAGCUUUUGCAUACGUGCUUGUGGGGGCAUACACAUGUAUACACACACACACACACACACACACACACACACACACACACACACACCAUCUCUCAGUUGGGAGAAGUCCAGAGGCCCAGGCAUGGGGUUAGCUUAGUUUCCCUCUUCCUUCCCAAGAGAGCUGCUCUAUUUCCUCCAUUGCUCCAAUAUGGCAGACUCCCCUUAUCACCUCUUUUCCCUUCAUCUCCCCAAAUUGUAGACUCCAAAUUCCUUUCCUCAUUCUCGCCUACUGCUUAGAUGCUCCUUGCACUGCAGUGCCCUCCCUGCCAGAUAACCAUUCCCUAAAAUUUCCUCUGUCAUUUCUUUGAGAUGGUACAAUCUGUUAUCCAACCCUACCUAUUCAGAUUCUUGACUGGGAAACCCCUGAAAUGUCCCAUAGUAAUUCUGGUUCCUGGACAAUCAUCCCCCCCUUUCCCUAUUUGCCAAAUAAAGCAUAGUCCAAACGGUUGCCUGAAAGCAAUGACCACUUUUCAUUGACCUCUCUUUGCUGUCUGGUCGACCAACAUUACACUCCAUGGGGUUCUCACACUCCCAAUUCCACUUCCACCCUCAGCUAUAGAGCUCACUACAACUUCUGUGAGUUCCCAACACUCCUUUUUGCCUCUCAAGGUCUCCGUCUCAGUCUCCCUUCCUGGCUGCCACUUCCCUCAAUCCUCAGAUGCUUCCCUGAGUGAGGGAGACACCAGGGUACCCUCGGACACUGGAGUAGGUUCCCUGCUCUCUCUGGAUCCUGGACAGAGGUUUCAAUAAACUGUGUGAACUAGAUGCAGACUUUUGCCAUCUUGGUGUGCUGGGUCUCCUCUGAGGACCUGCACGGUGCUCUCCUAUACCUCUAGAGAUCCCCUUGUCCCCCAUUUUCACUCUUAAGUUGGAACAGUAUUUCUCUUAUGCUUUAUAGCUCCUCCCACAAAGGAGGAAAACAAUAAAUAUUUGUUGAACUGAAAGCA